AUGCGAUCUCCUCCACGCCGCGUUGUGAAGGGCAGGAGCCAGCCAGCGUGCAAUCCUUGCCGCCGGCGGAAGUCGCGCUGCAAGUAUGAACCAGCGGAGCACGCCUGCCUCAUGUGCAAGGCACACCAGACACAGUGUGUCCGAACACUGCGGAAUGGUUCAAUACAGGGCACAUGGAGAGACGACCAGAUUGAGCAGAGUUCGUGUCACCCUCGCCAGUCGCCAUCUCAGCCUUCGAUGCGAACACGUGAUCUUGGGCCGUCGGCUGUCGAUGCCAACUUGGCCGCCAUUUCAACAUCUCCUAGUCUGUACCUCGGUGCGGCUCCGGAGGUAGCAUUCGACGCCGAUAAUGAAGACAACCCACAUAUUGCUGCCCCGGCCACCGCCGCGGACAGUCAUUUCCUUCAAGGCUAUCUGUCUAGCAUUCAUGCGGCACAAGGAGAGCGGGCUAUCCGACCUGCGUUGCCUGGUACUGCAUCAGCGCCUGUCAUCUUCAUGCGCGUCAAGAAGAGACCUGUGGGCCUCACCAUAGACCCGAACCCUUCCUCAGCCAAGCUGCAGAUGAUUGUCAAGCUUUUGGAACCCCACCAAGACGCAUUGCUUAUGGUCUAUCGCACCAAAGCAAACGCAUGCUUCCCAAUACUCCACGAAGACUUCUUCUCCCAGCCCAGCACACGCUCUCGCAUUUCGCCGGCUGUGCUUGCUUGUUUAUAUGCUCACGCCAUGUGCUACUGGCCCUCGGACCAGCAACUGAGGAAAUAUCAUCGUCCAGAUGGCCGUUUCAUCUGGAAUUUGGCUUUGGAUGCUCUCUACUCCGAACUACACAUUUCGCCUGACAUGUCAUCAAUCAUUUCCAUAUUGCUAAAUAUUGGAGGUCGUCCAACCACCACCAUGGUAGGCAACGGAAUGCUCUUGGGUUCUGCCAUCUCCCUGGCCAAAUGCCUCGGUUUGCAUAGGAAUCCUGCGCCCUGGAACAUAACAGAGCAGGAAAAGACUUUUCGUACCAAUGUAUGGUACUGCCUUGUCAUUCACGAUCGAUGGACAAGUCUUACACAUGGGACACCACCACACAUUCGUCAAACCCAUCAUGACAUCCCCCUUCCCAAGAGGACAUCUCCCGACGAGCCGGGCAGAGUGUUCGAGGUAUUGGCUAGCCUCAGUACCGCCCUCGGUAAUUAUCUAGAAGGACUGUAUGCCAUUAGUGAAGAGGCAAAUAUCGCCGCCUUGGCGCGUAACCUUUUGCUUGAUCUAAACACGUGGACUGAUAUGUUGCCCGGGGAUAUCAGACGAAUCCUUGUUAGAGGCUCUGACUUGACUAUACCUGGUGCAGCCAAUCUCAGACUGUGUUACUUGGCGCUAAAUUUCUUCAAUCUUCGUCUUUACCUGAGUGUUGAGGAAGCAGAUAUUCCACUGGGCCAGGCAUCUAGCGAGCGACUGUUAGAAGCACGUCGAGCAGCAGAAGAUAUCGUGUUGUUUGUGCAGGAACUGUCCGUUAAACAACUAGAGGACUUUUGGCUACCUACAGCUGCAUUUGUAUUGACAUCUACAGCCGCGUUCCUUCUGCGCCUAGCUGUGCAGGUGGACUUUCCUCUUUCCGAAUCACCCACACAGAGUCUUUCGCUCUCUCUCGCACACGACCUCGUAAACUGUUUACGCUCGCAUAAGGAACUACACGGAUGGGAACUAGGCGACAUUUGCCUGACUCAAUAUGCGGACGUUGUUGAUAGAUUGUGGGACCAGCACGUUCCUCCGGAGCUGGAUAUGACCUUGCUUGACUCCGCGCCGUUCAUCUCUGAUCCAAUCUUCUUCCACUCUACUGUUGCCGAUCAGUGGGAUCCGUUAGUUUGGAGUGAGGAGCUUCGUGAAGAGUAA